AUGUUUGACAAAGUUAAUAUGGCUGAGAUUGAGAAAUUCCAUAAGUCGAAACUGACGAAGACAGAAACACAAGAGAAAAAUCCACUGCCUUCAAAAGAAACAAUUGAACAGGAGAAGCAAGCAGGAAAGUGA